CGAUCCUCUAAGAACAUGAUAUCAUGGUUCAACGGAAGGGACUGAGGGCACCAUGGUCUGUACAGUCAGCACAGACAAAGAGAGAGAGAGCGAGAGAGAGAGGGGGGUGAGAUUCAGGGGGCGUCUAUUUUUGAUUCGGAGACACUGAUCUGUUCUUCAUUUACUUCUCUCCUUCGCUCCUGCAUCAUGUGUGCAUCAUGCGUGUGCAGCUUCUUUCAGAUCAUCUCAGCUAUGUUGCUGAUGUCAUCAUGGUGUGUUCAGGGUCUGCGUGUCGAUGUGUAUCCCAGACAGCCUCUGUUCAGACUGGCGGAGCGUCAGCAGCUGGUUUGCUCCGUUCAAGAUUGUCCCAUGAUGCCAAGCAUCUCCUGGUCUUUGCCUGGGGAUCGACCUCUGACCGCCUCUGUCACCACCAACUCCAGCUGCUCUGUGGUGACCUUUGACCCUGUGAUGAUGGAGCAUGAGGGCGCUCUGCUGUGCAGAGUGAACUGUGGAGAAGACAGGAAGCAGAUCCUAACCAACGUGCAUGUUUACUCCCUCCCAUCAGCCCCUCUGAUCCAAGGCCAGGACCACUUGAGACUGGGGGUGGAGUCCACCCUGACCUGUCAGGUGUCCGACCUUUAUCCCUCAGAGCUGCUCAACCUCACCUGGUUUAACGGGGACAGAGUCAUGCAGAGCGUUGUCGGAGAGCAUGGGUCUAGCUCUGUCUCGUCUGAGUACAGGUUCACUCCUCAGGACCAGGACUCGGGGGCCAACAUCAGCUGCAGGGCCACGCUGAACCUGCUGACCCUGCCACCUGAGAUCCGGACCAGAGAGACCACGAUCCACCUCAACCUGCUCUAUGCUCCUGUCGUGACGUCGAUCUCGGACCCGUUGCUGGUCAUGGUCAACUCUUCGCUCACUGUCAGCUGUUCAGCGGUGGGAAACCCUGAGCCGACAAUCACCUGGAGCUUCAGGACGACAGAUGGUCGAUCACUUCUGCGGGGGCGUGGCCAUCAGCUUGUUGUCACGUCAGUGAGUCUGUUUGACGCUGGACGCUACGAAUGUGAGGCUCGAAACAAUGAGGGAAGCCAGACCGCUGCGGUGGACGUCACUGUUCAUGCUCCACCCACCAACACCUCCAUAUCUGUGAGUCCCGGUGAGGACGUGGUGGAGGGUCAACAGGUCAACAUUACCUGCCGAUCAGAUGGAGCUCCGCCCACAUCGCUGGUGCUAAGGAGGGAUGGGGCGGUGCUACAGAGCAUUUAUCCCGACUCCUCAUCCUCGCUAUUCCUCAGCCUCUCUAUGUCCUUGCUGCAAGACUCCGCCCACUACGAGUGUGAAGCCUCCAAUAAGUACGGAGCACAGCAGGUGUCCAGCUCCGUCAGGGUCAAAGCUCACCCUCUGCAGGUGGAGGUGAGUCGUCAGGUCUCGGCUGCAGAGCGAGGUUCAGAUCUGCUCGUCAGCUGCAGAGCGUCCGGGUGUCUCCGCCCUCCGACCCUCACCUGGAAGAGGGUGGAGCGGGACCGUAGCAUCAUCCAGAGGACACAGCAGUGGGACGGACUGUCCCCGCUCCACCUGCGGGACCUUGACCUCCAGGAUCAGGGAGGCUACAGCUGUGAGGCCGAGUGUGACGCCGUCAUCAGGACCAGAACCAUCCAGGUCCACGUCUACUGUGAGUCUGUCACACCUGAGCCCAGGUGUUUGUGGUGUCAUAGAGGAGAGGAAGAAACACU